UACGUGUUAUAUGGUUGAUCAUAAGAAGUCAAUAUGUGUAUAUAAAAAUCAAAAUGGAUAGAACUUUUUUGAAAAUAUAUUUAUUUUGUAGUUGCAUAUGUGUUUAUUCAUCAGUUUUGUGUCAACACCUACUGCUGACGUCUAAUGUGUCUGUGGUAGAAGAAAACAAUCCAAUGAAAUUGACCUGUGUCCUGCCUUCUAAUGGGGCAAAUACGGGAUGGAUUGUGAAUGGUGUAAGGACAGAAACGGCGCUACUGGAUGACGGGACAUGCAAUAAGCCAUCUCCACCACCACAGGGGUUUAUCUACACGUGUGUCAGUUCAACUGUCUUCACUUUGACCAUCCUUCAGGUGAAACGUGAACAGAAUGGGGAUCAGUGGAAGUGCGAUUCCUGGAUAAACGGUGGAACUUUAUAUAGCAACAUCGUUACCCUCAAGGUUCAAGAUGUCACCCAACAAUCGAUGUCACAGAUUGGGCCAAUUGUUGGUGGAGCUGUGGCAGGGAUUCUUCUUCUUGUCGUGUUAGUGGGUUUGGUUUACAAACGUCUGACUGGCAACUUCAAAAAGAAAGGAGUCUGUGAAGGAUUGUCAUCAGCUUCUCCACAGAAAGCGGGUGACCCUGCAAACGCCAUCGAUACAAGCGCAUUUAACGCCGCAGAUUCAAACAACCGCAAGGCCAUGAUAGAUCGAAUUCCUAAUCCGGAUGUGGACCUCCCAUCGAUUCCCGUUCACUCUCAUCUUGAGCUGGAACCCGAUAUUACGCAUGACUACGUUCAUACGUAUGACUAUGUAAUUGAGAGCGGUCUGCGACCCAAAAUGGCACUUCCUCCGCCUCAAGGCGACAGGGGAAUGCCACUCAGAAGAAAUGUAGAUGAUGGGUAUUUGACGCCGAUGGACAAUCGUUUGUGAGGAGUGCAUCAAUGACAUGGUGAACAAAGUAAGGCCAUUUCAAUGUUCAACACAUACAUAAAAAAUAACAAUGAAAUAAUUUAAGUAUGUUUCUGUACGGUCGUCAUCACAACAUGCUUAAAAAUUAUUAUAUGUAUAAUAACCAAACAUUAAUCCAUAUGUGUUUUUUUGUAACUUGAUUGUAUAUUGUACAUUAUGUUAGCAUGAAGUCAUUUAAGAGACUAAAUAUAAGUGUGCAAUAUAAGUAUACUGUUCACGAUUUAAAAAGACAAAUCGAUUACCCCAAAUGAUUUGUUUAUGCUUAACCAAUGCAUAAUUAUAUUAUAUUUUUUAUUAUGUAUCGCCUAUACACUCGAUAUCAACACACAUUGUUUUCAGUAUUUGUGGAAUCACUUAUCCCCCCAUUUGCUGAGUGUAAUGUUACACUCAAAUCAAAAUCAAAUUCUCGUGGGACUGUAAUGUGAUAAGAUCUUAUUGACUAUAUGCUCAGCCCUUCAGAAUCUAGUGAUUAUUGUUGUUUUUUACGAACGUCAACUAUCUGUUGCCGUUGUUUAGGUUUUUAUGCCCCCCCCCCCCCCCCCGGUAGGGCGGCAUAUUGUAGUCGGAAUGUUCGUAAUUCCGUCUGUCUGGCUGUCUGAAAUUCCGUUUCCGAAGUGUUUUUUUUUAACGCUUUGGUACAUUUAGUUGAUUUUAGAUAUGUGAAAUUACAGAUCUAGUACGAGUUUCGUUAAGGUCAAUUGAUUUUGGGCGAAGUUAUGGACCUUAGACUUUGACAUUUUCUGGACAAUUAAUGUUUUCCUGAUUUAUUUUUUUGCUAAACGCUUGCACAUAUUAACCUUAUUUAUAGUGUGUGAGUAUAUCUAUAUGCCGCACAGAUCAAGUUAGAGUUUCGUUCAUGUCCAUUGACUUUUGACGAAGUUACGGGAAUUGGACUUAGGAAUUUUCUUUAAAAUAAUACUUUUCUGGAUUUUUUUCCGAAACGCUUUGUGAUAUUUGCCUAAUUUUUGGUAUUUGUGUCUUCCUACAUGAGUUACAGAUACAGUUCGAUUUGUGUACUGGUCCAUUGAUUUUGGCGAAGUUAUGGGCCUUGGACUUGCAUAUAUUUACCUUAUUUGUGGCGUGGGACAUUAUCUACAUGACAUACAGACCAAGUUUGAAUUUCAUUCCGGCCCAUUGAUUUUGACGAAGUUACGGAUCUAGGACUUUAUUCUCCAAACAAAUUUAUCUUAAAUAACGCGUUUUCGGAUUAUUAUUUGCGAUAAUCUUACAGAUAUUUACCUGAUUAUUGGUAAGUGAGUCUACCUGCAUGACUUUCAGACUAAGAUUGAGUUUUUAUGUGGAGUUUUUAGACAAAAGUGGAAAGAGUGGGCAUAUGUGUCCUAUGGACGCAUUUCUUGUGUAACAUAUGUAUGCAUUGAAAAGUUGCUUUCGGGUGCUUAAAAAUUUAAAUAGUGAUAAAUCGCAUAAAAAACUGCUGAUUUGUGUUACGGUUAUUAUCCCCACGCUUUUUGAAAAGCGUGGGGAUAUUGUGUUUAUCUCCGCCGUCUGUCCGUCCGUCCGUGAUGUCUUCUCCUCCUACACUAUGAGCACUAGAAGCUUGAAACUUACACAUAUGGUAGCUAUGAGCAUAUGUGCGACACAGCACUAUUUGGAAUUUUGAUUUGAUCCCUUGGUCAAAAGUUAUGGGGGUUGGGCUGGGGCCGGGUCAAAGAUUUUCACUCAUUUUUUUAUGUCAUUUUACAUUAACUUCUUCAUUUCGACACCGAUUUACUUCAAAUUGAUACUGAACAUCUCUCAUGACAAUACGGUCAAUCUCAACUAUGCAUGGCCCUAUUACCAACCUUGGGGCGCCCCUGGAUCAAACAUGCGGCGUGGGGAUACGCGUCGGCCUCUGCCGCGCCAUUUCUAGUUUAAUUUGCUUACAUUUGCUAUAAAGUAUUAUUAUGAUAAUAAUUAUAUUCCUGCCACUGGUUUUCUAAAGAAAAGAAAAUUCACAGUUUAUUGUUGGUAUAUUUAAUUAUGUGUUAUCAAAGUUGCGACAAUAUAACUUAAAAAAUUAAGGACAAAUGUUCUGUUGUUUUGUAUAUUACAAUUAUGUAUUGUCUAUGUAUGUUUAUGUUUGCUUGACUGAAAUAUUUUAUAUGCUGCAUUCAUUUGCAUUUAGGAAUUUUAAUGUAAAGCUUAUAUUAAAUUGAUUGAAAGGAUAUGUAGUGCUUACAAAUUACACAUUGUAUUUUUAUUGCAGACAUACAUGUAGAAAAGUAUUUUAUCUAUAUUUGUCUUUCGGUUAUGUUAUAAGAUAUGCGUGUCUACACUUUCUUGAAAGCAAUUAUGGUUUUCCUAUAUUUUGCAAUUAAAAACACAUAUGCAAGUUUGCUUCUAUGGUGGAACCUGCUUUUCCAAUGUUUGUUUCAGUGAUUUCAGGAUUGUAAUGUUUGCUUGUGCAUCAAUUAUUAUGAAGUACUUUGCUAACAUUAACUUGAAUGAACACCAGUGUUGUUUUUGCAUGUGUUUUUUUAGCGGUUAUUGCAAUUAGUGUUUCGAGGUUUUCUCUCAUUCAAUUAAAUAUUUUGACUCCUGAUAUUAUAUAGUGUAAUUAACUAAGAAUUGCAUACGUUUAGUGUUAAGUGUUUCCAAUUUUGUUGUCCUAGCAUAUCUAAAAAGACAAUUAAGUAUUUAUAUGUGACUGAUACGGUCCUCAGUUUAUUUUAUUAGGAUGUGAGUGCUUGCAUACAUAUAUAUACAUUAUAAUAACAAUACAUAAAUUGUAAUAAUUAUAAAGCGUCUUUAACGUUUUUUCAUCGAUGAAUUAAGCUUAAACCUGUAUUACAGACACAUGGUUUAAAUACUUUACAAUCAUGUGUGGUUUAGAGAUAACGAUUUGGCUUUUGCUACUUUAGGUUCCGAAUUUGCUCCUCGGAACACCGUUUUGUUAAAACAUUUUUCAAUGAUUUUUUCAAAAUUUCGUAAAACAGUGGACAAGUCCCUUUUUCUGUAUUAUGUUUGCGUGUGUGAAAUCAUAUACUCAUAUAUAAAUGUUUUUUCUGAGCCCUGUGUGUAAGACUUGAGAAGAUAAAACGGUAUGUCACCCAUUUGUAUCACUCAAACAAACCUACAUCUUACAGUAACAUUGCUACAAGUGUUCCUAAAUGUUCGCAUGCCUGUUUAAUGAAGAGGUCUAUCUAUCGAUCGAUCGAUCCAUCCAUCCAUCCAUCCAUCCACCCACCCACCCAAAAUACCCAACACCCAAACGCAACCACCCACCCACCCAUCAAUACUGUCAAGUUGUUCAUCAACGACAUGAGUUCUAUUACCAGAAUCAAUCAGCUUUCAUAAUUAUGUAAUGUAUUUCGUGUUGUUGUUGUUUUAUAUAUCUAGUUUAUUAUACAAAGCUUCAUUAUAUCUAAUCUACUACUCAUGUCUAUAACAUGAUCACAAUAAAACAGGUAGAAUACUUCA